UGUCCUUUCCCCUUCCGCAAGCGAAAGCCCCCGAACAAAUCCCCCGUAUGUCUUCGCCGCCGACGAUGUCUACCACCGCGGACGCCGACGCCGACUACCACACCUCCGACGGAUCCGUCAUGCCCGACGUCCUCGCCAAGGGCCGCGAGGCCUGCUACAAGGCACGGGAUGCCUUCUACGCGUGCGUCGAGAAGCACGCGGACAAGAAGCCCACCGAGAUCGCCACCAUGGGACUCCUCUACCCCGCCGACUGCAAGAAGUCCCGCGCCAACUACGUCAGCAACUGCCGUCCCACCUGGGUGAAGCACUUCGACCGGCAGUACUGUUCCAAGAAGCGGGUGCAGAGGCUGCUCGACGGCGAUGAGGACCGCCGGGGCCCCAUCUCGCUACCCCAGCCCUACACCUUCAAGCAAUAGGUAGCCUUCCUGUGGUUCAGAUCUUGGUAUUGAGCUCAAUUGGAUCAGUACUACGUUGGUAUCUAGAUGCUAUAGUAUUGGUUUCAGGCUUGGUAUCAUUUAGAUGGAUGCAUAUGUGAUGAUGUGUAGCAGUACAUUGCUCUGAAUGCUAAUGGAUGAGUGAAUCUGUAUGUGAAUUUCUGAAUAUGAGCAUAUCCCUCCUUGGCAAUUGAGUUGCAUUUUCUUAUGAUGGCACGCUGGUUGCCAGAAUCCUUA